CGUUAAUUGAUCGCGCAGGUAAACGAUGGCGGCGACAGGUGACUCGAAGCUGCAGAUUGUGGCUGGCACGUAUGAAGGCAUGCUGUAUGGAUGGGAGGCAUCGACAAAGGAUCUGACAGGCAAGAAGCCCAAGUCAGCCCUAAAAAUGGUGUACGGGUAUCCCGCGCACACGGAAUGCAUCAAGGCGUUGGCUAUGAUGAUGGAGCACGAUGGCAAGACCCUCUUGACCGGUGGCAACGACGAAAUGAUCAAAAUCUACAAUGUCAAGAAGAAGGUGGAAGUGGGCAUCCUCAUGCAACACAAGGGUACUAUAAUACCACUACAACUUCUUUCAUGGGGCCCAUCAUAUCAAUAAGUUGGUGUAUGGCAGGCGCGAUCACGUGCUUGGAGUACUAUGGCAAGUCCCAUGUCCUCAGUGGCAGUGCCGACAACACGAUUUGCAUCUGGCGGACGUCGGACUGGAAUUGCAUCCACAUUCUCGGUGGCCACCAGUACGACAACGAUACGUCGUCAUCACCAUGUCUUCCACAGUACACUACAUCAUCAUGUACUUGCUAGAGGUCCCGUCAACUCGAUUGCCGUGCAUCCCAGCGGCAAACUCGCGUUUUCGGUGUCCAAGGACAAGACCCUGCGCAUGUGGAACCUGGUCAAAGGCCGAUCCGCGUACAUUCGCCGCCUUGACCAAGAAGCUACGUGCGUUUUCCUGUCGCAAGAUGGCAACCGAUAUGGCCUCGUGAUGGGCAACCACGUGUCCAUCUUUGGCUCGGCCAAUGCCGAGCUCGUGGGGGCGCUCGAACACAAGAAGAAGGUGCACACGGCUGCGUUUGCCACCAACGACUUGGUGGUGCUGGGUACCGACGACGGAGUGCUUUAUUUGUAUCGAGCACAGGGCCAGCUCUUGGCCAAGAUUUCGCACCCAGACAUCACCGCACGCAUCCGAAGUCUGCAAGUUGUGGCCAAGGUCGAUGCCAGCGAGUUGCCGUACGUCGUGCUCGUGAGCACCAACGGGGUCGUGCAAGUGUACGACCUGGCGCAGUUCUCGCUCUCAGACUCGGCGCUUGAAGCGAACAAUGCCGUCGAGCCUGUGGCGUCGGCCAGGGUAUUCGGCACGGCGUUGGUCACAUGCUUGUCGGCCUGCCGCUUGAACGUGGAUGUGGUGGAUGACAAGCCUACGGGAGCCAAGAAGCCCAAGCAAGCGAAAUCAGCAGCAGUCGAACCCAAGAAAACCGCCACGGCGGUCUUGGCGGCACCUACGAUUGUCGUCGAGCACGAAGUGACCGCCCCUGCCUCGAAAACCAAACGAAAAGCACAAGACAGCACAGACAUCAUUCCCAAUGGGAAAAAAACUAAAGUUGAAAACCAUGGUCCCCCGGCCCCAAACAACAACAAAGCCAAGAAGGCCAACAAACAACGCAAUAAGUAGACGCUGUAGAGAAUUGAAGAUAUCAAAAUAGAAUUGUGAAUGCUGCUUGUCCUUGACAGGGCAUUGUGGUGGACACGUGGUCGA